AUGGCCUCCAAGCUGCCCACAAGGAAGGGCUCGGGGGAGAAGCGGAAGCGGGUGGUGCUGACCCUGAAGGAGAAGAUUGACAUCUGCUCACGCCUGGAGAAGGGGGAGAGCCGCAGGGCACUGAUGGAGGAGUACAACGUGGCCAUGUCCACUCUCUACGACAUCAAGGCCCACAAGGCCCAGCUGCUGCGCUUCUUCUCCAACUCGGACUCGAGCCAGGCUCUGGCGCAGCGGCGGACGCUGCACACCCCGAAGCUGGAGCACCUGGACCGCAUGCUGUACCAGUGGUUCCUGCUGAAGCGUGCCGAGGGCAUGCCCAUCUCGGGCCCCAUGCUCAUCGAGAAGGCCAAAGACUUCUACGAGCAGAUGCAGCUAACCGAGCCCUGUGUCUUCUCGGGCGGCUGGCUCUGGCGCUUCAAGGCCCGGCAUGGCAUCAAGAAGCUGGACAUGGCCAGUGAGAAGCAGGUGGCCGACCGCCAGGCGGCGGAGCAGUUUUGCAGCUUUUUCCGGAGCCUGGUGGCCGAGCAUGGCCUCUCCCCGGAGCAGCUGUACAACGCGGAUGAGAUGGGCCUCUUCCUGCGCUGCUUGCCCCAUGCUGCCCCGGACGGGGGCCCUGGGCCGGGCCUCAAGCCAGGCAAGGACCGGCUGACCGUGCUCAUGUGCGCCAACGCCGCGGGCUCCCACAAGGUCAAGCCGCUGGUGGUCGGCAAGUGCGGCGGCCCGCGGGCGCUCACAGGCCUCCAGCACGUGCCUGUGGCCUACCAGGUGCAGGGCCACGCGUGGGUGGACAAGGACAUCUUCUCUGACUGGUUCCACCGCGUCUUUGUACCCUCAGUGAAAGAGCAUUUCCGGACGGUGGGCCUGCCCGAGGACGGCAAAGCCAUCCUUCUGCUUGACAGCUCGCGGGCACACCCACCGGAGACGGCGCUGGCAGCAGACAGCAUCUUCACCAUCUUCCUGCCAGCUGGCGUGGCCACGCUCAUCCAGCCCAUGGACCAGGGCGUCCGGCGGGCCUUCAUGCAGAGCUUCAUCAACCCGCCCGUUGGCCUGCAGGACUUCCAUGCCCGCUACAGCAUCCAUGACGCCAUGUUCCACGUGGCCUGCGCCUGGAGCUCCGUGCCCAGCACUGUGCUGCAGCGGGCCUGGCGGAAGCUGUGGCCCUCCGCAGUGCUCACCGCUGGCUCCUCCUCUGAGGACGAGGGGGCAGAGCGUGUGCAGGGCCAGGAGCCCAGCAAGGUCUUGACUCACAUCCUGGAGCUGGUGGGGGACCCCGUGUCCCACUCAAACGGCGGCCUUCAGAAAGGAGAGGCUGGAGAGUGGACGGGGACUGCAGAGGAGGUGGAGUGUGGGAGGGUCCCCACAGAGCCCGCCCCAGCGGUGUGGGAUCAGGGCAAGGCCGAGGGAGCUGGCCUGGAGCUGGGCGCAGAGGACGCCUGGGAGCGGGCCGCAGCCUCCUUCCACACGGUGCUGGACUUUGCGGAAAGGCAGCCCUGCUUCAGCGCCCAGGAGCGCAGCCAACUGCAGGUGCUGCACGCUGCCUUCACGCGACAGAGGCGGGCCAGGCAGCGUGGUGCCCUGGGGGCUGCAGUCAAGACAGAGGCGGCCUGCGAGGGCUCCCUGGAAUGCGCCCCGGGCUGCCCGGCUGCUGCGUGCCCACUGCUGUCCACGUCCGUGACAGUGCAUGGCGACAGCUGA